CAGGAUUUAAUGCUGGCACCGGGACUGAGUCCGGGUGGUUUGGAGCGGGCGGCGGUGACAGCAACAGCGGGAGAGAGGUGGGGGUACGGAGGUGGCAUGGCCUCGUCACAAGGCAAGUACGAUGUGAGGUUUUCCGACUGGAUGGCAGCUCUGCCCAGCAGCAUCCACCGCAUUUCACUCACCAACCUGGCCAUCCCUGGUUCUCAUGACUCAUUUAGCUUUUACAUCGAUGAAGCUUCUCCAGUUGGUCCUGAACAGCCAGAGACGGUCCAGAAUUUUGUAUCUGUUUUUGGGACUGUUGCUAAAAAGCUGAUGAGGAAGUGGCUGGCUACACAGACCAUGAACUUCACCAGCCAGCUGGGGGCAGGUAUACGGUAUUUUGAUCUUAGAAUUUCCACCAAGCCCAGAGAUCCAGACAAUGAGCUCUACUUUGCUCAUGGUUUAUUCAGUGCCAAAGUCAAGGAGGGUCUGGAAGAGAUCAAUGCGUUUCUUGCUGACCACCCAAAAGAAGUGGUCUUUCUGGAUUUCAAUCACUUCUACGGGAUGCAGAAAUACCAUCAUGAAAAGCUUGUCCAAAUGCUCAAAGACACAUACGGAAACAAAAUGUGUCCUGCUAUAUUUGCCCAUGAAGUAAGUCUCCAGUACCUGUGGGAAAAGGAACACCAAGUGCUGGUGUUCUACCACAGUCCAGUGGCUCUUGAGGUAGCAUUUCUUUGGCCAGGCCAGAUGAUGCCAGCUCCCUGGGCAAACACAACAGAUCCUGAAAAGCUGAUUCAAUUCCUCCAGGCAUCAGUCACUGAAAGAAGAAAGAAAGGUUCCUUCUUUAUAUCUCAAGUAGUGUUGACACCAAAGGCUAGUACAGUGGUGAAAGGGGUUACUAGUGGUCUCAGAGAAACGAUCACAGAAAGGGCUCUUCCUGCAAUGAUGCACUGGGUCAGAACUCAGAGACCAGGAGAAAGUGGUGUGAAUAUUAUCACUGCAGAUUUUGUAGAACUCGGCGACUUUAUCAGCACAGUCAUAAAACUCAACUAUGUUUUGGAUGGAGGUGAAGAUGACACUACCUGAUAGUCCUAUAAUAUGUGUCUUGUUGCAUCAUUUAGAGUAAAAAAAAAAUAAAAAUAAAAGAUUGCAUUUUAAAAGAAUUGUCUUGUAAAACACUAAUCUUCCUAUGACACACUGAGGUGUUUAGGGCUUUAGUGGGUGGGCUUAGGGAAAAUGUUUUAACCAGUUGUGAUCAUUUUUUACAUUUGUUUCAUGUGAAGAGCAAAACUAAACACAUUUACAGUGUUAGAUAAAAGAAGGCCAUUUACAUGUUCUCCAUGAGGUACCAAAUGCGAUUUAUGUGUCUUCUAUGGUUACAAAUAGUGCCAAGAAAUUUGCUGCUUUUGGAGCAGUGGGAUGUAUAUUGCCCUCUGCCUGCUUACAGCAGGAUUCCCGACGGUAUGAGCAUUGCACCGGGAGUUUGAGGGCAGUAUAUCUGGCCCACAAAUUUUAAGCCUCUACACUUCAUCUGUUAUGUUGGUUUAACUGGUUGUAUAUAUCGGUGAGUUACAGUAAAUGCCUUUGUGAAGUAAAUCCAAAGUCAUGCCUCAUGCACAAUCAAUGGACAGUUAACAUGAUAUAUUAUGUAGCUUGCAUAAGGCACAGACUAAAUCCUGCUUGCUUCUCAUUCUCAAAAUGGGAUUUUCCACUGUCUGCCCCAGCUCAAGUGGGUAGAUAUGUGGUGCUGGUCUAAAUCUGUAUAGGAGCUGCCAGUGCAUAUUUUCCCUUGUUCUAGCAGGAGCAAAGUUAGGCCAGCUUGGAGCACCAUUUCCUCCCAGAAUUAAUCUUCUGUAAAAGCUUGAUCCAAUGUCCACUGAAUUUAAUAGGAAAAUUUCCUGUAUUUAGCAUGGACUGGGGAUAGGAUCAGCAAAUUGUGUGUACUGUAAGGUGGGCAGGAUUUUGUCCCAUAGUAGAAACCUGCUUUCUGCAGGACUAAAACUACACUUAAAUAAGUGCAGUCUAAGCUUUUCCUUGAGGCAGCUGCGAACAAAACUCUUCUCUGCUGAUUGCAAAAAAGAUCAGUGCCAGUUUCAUCAAUGAAAAAUUGCUGUACUAAAAAGUGUAGUAGUUCAGUUUCUAGCUAAUAAUAAUACUCUGUAGUCCUUAUAUUGUUCUGGGGAUAUAAUACUGCAUAACACAAGGUUGGAAGUCUACUGAAUGGCACUGUUCUGGCAGCAAAAUCACCAGUCAUGCAACUUUUAAUGGAACUUAUAUAAAACUCAAAUACAUGAAAAACUUAGUGAUGAAUAAAAUGAAAGAACUGCCACUGUAUUACACCUAACUGGAUACAGUGCAAUCAGUCGUAUCUCCUGAACAUAUCAAUGCCCAGGCACAUAACUUUGGAAAGCAAAACAUUUCAUUUGUGCAAAACAAUAGAUGCUUGAUGUCUUACAAGGAAAAUGUUCUUUGAAAUAUUGUAGGGCUUUCUGGGUUCCCAUUAAGGUCAAGUUUCUGUUGAUAUUACUCGAACUUUUGAUUGAGAGAGAAGAAAGAACGGCAUCAUAUGGUCCUUUGCUACUUUCUGUCAGAUGGCAAGGAAUACCACCUACCAUCACAGUUUAGAAAAUUAAAAGUGGUCUUAUUGAGCAGGUGGGUUACAGACAGAUUGCAGGGGUUCUCUUGGUUUUAGUUUAGGAAGAAGAAGAAAUGAACAGUUGCUGCUAUUUUGUAUUGAGAGUGUGCCUUGGAAAAAGUAUGUGUGUGUGUGUACUAUAAAGAAACAUUGAAGUGUAUGUAUAGUAUAAUGACACAAUAAUUAAAUGUAUGUAUAUUAUACAAAGACAUCUGUGCAUACAUUCAUAAUAAUAUUUUGGUUUCUGUACAGGGAUAAUAUAAAUUUGGUUGAAAUAAAACCUGUGCAGCUGUUAUGAAGUUAUGCCAUCUCCUUCAGUAGCAGCUUUUUUUUCCUAUAUAGGUUAGGACUGUAUGAGGUGAAUCUUUUAUCCUAAAUUGAAUGACUCUUACAUCCAAUGUAGUGAUAUAAGACAGUGAAAUCUGUGAUCUAAACCAAUUGAGUGCUUUACAGCAUUAAAACUUUACCCAAACUGCCUCAAAAAUUUACCAAGAAUCACUGUCCAUCUUUGUAUUAAAAGAGGGGUAGGACUCUAGUGCUUUCACCCACAACUAAGCAAGAUACUAGGUGGGUUGAUGCACAUUGUAUCAGUCACCUUAGGCUGUUCAAGCAAAAUUUAUGUAACAGACACAAAAAAUGAAACAUGAGCAUAUGUUUUUUUUUAACCCACCCUAUGUGGGCAUCCCACAUAGAAACAUGGAAAUAUUUGCUUAUUUAUUAGCUAUGUGGCGUGAAAGGCUCUUUUCAUUUUUCUGUUUGGCUGGAUUUGUUUGCUUCCAGACUCUUCCUGUCAUCCUUCAGCUGCUUAAGUAUAGUCAAAAGAGUUAAUAUCUUAACAUCCUUUUAAUAUAAUGAAGUAAUCUGGAUCUUUGGGUAGAGUGAAAUCUAGGCUUCUUUCGUUGGAUUCUGAUUGAAAUUCUCUUGCACCUGAGAGCAUCAAUAACAGCGAGUUCCUGCUGGGAACCCCAGCUCAAACUCACAUCAGACACGCUGAGCUUUAUGCUUACACAGAGGUGUGCUCGAAGCAAAUGUUCUGCUGUAUUUAAGAAAAGCGUGUGUGUGUGUGCCUGUAUAUAUGAAUAAAUAUAGAGAUAUCCUGAGCUUGUUAGCAUUGUUAUUAAAUGUUUGCUUAGCGUAAGUCUUAUUCUAAUUGUCAUAUGGGUGCUGGAAAUAAAAGCACGGAAAAACAUUGUAAAAAAGGAUCCUCUGCCAAGAAGGGUAAUAAACAAAUCAUAAUGGUUUCUCCAUUAAUGGAAAAAAAAAAAAAAAAAAGAGAAAAUGUUAACUUUUGGUCAGAAAAAAUAUGUUUUCACUUAGCUGUCGGUCUCUUUUCUGUUGGAGAAGCACAGCACUUUAUGUUAAAGACAGGUAAACAAACUUGCCUUAAUUGCUAAAACAAGGGUGGGGAGGGGCAUGCUAUCAAUGCUUUUCUGGGGAUUUCAUCUGCGAGGCCACAAAACUGUAAGUCCUGAUGGGGAUGCACUCCCUGAUUGUAUUGUCUGGGAGAUCUAAGUGGAAAAGAACAAGCCAGAAAGGACUAUGCAGCACAACUCGACCAUUCAGGAACCCAGUUUUGGCACCCGUAUAAAGCUAAAACUCUCAGAAAUGAGCCUGCAAGGUUAGGUCAGAUACAUUGUUCUGAACUGAUUCGUUUGGGAGUUUUCGACACCUGUAUUAUGAGGAAUCCUUCAUGGGAAAUUAGGUGACUAAUCAGCCCAUCAGAGGAAAAAAUACCUGUCUACAGUACUGAUCUUCAUAAGCAUAUAUUUACUCAAACUGUCAUGUCAUUCUCCUCCAAAACACCUUUUUCUUUCUCCACUCAUUUUUCUCCUCACUAUGUUCGUUGUGUACGCAUCAACUAGUGCUGUUUUCUGACAUUUUCGCAUCUUACUUGAUCGUUUCUUUUCAGCCAUACUUGAAAAAUUGAGACUGUGCUGCGCAACACGUGCAGUGUCUCAGCUGAUGUAAGCCUACCCGGCUCCAUUUUUCAGUUUACACAGGUUGAGAUGACUUUACUGAUCCUACCUGCAGCAAUUUGGACCAAACAGUAUGUGGUCCUGGGGUCUGAUUUCUGCCUUGUGUGGGGAGGGAUAAGAUCAUAAUCAGACCACAGGAGCCUAGUUUUAAAAUAUAUAUAACAGUGGGUUAUUUGUAUUCCUUUGCUGUUGGUUACAUAAUUGGUUCCGUUGGUCUUGCCGCUUCAAGCCAUUCUUUUAAACAUACAUAUAUGCGUGUAUAUAUAUGUGCAUACAUGAGUGAGAUGGAAUGUAUGAUCCUAUAUGCUGGGCUAAGUCUUUCUGUCAUACUGAUACAAAUCUAGACCAUUUCUACUAACCUAAAAGUAGUUACUUUUACCCCGGGAUGAGAGAAGAGCAGCUAAUCAGUGUGUGGUAGCUAUAUGCUGUGCUGCAAUGUAAAACAGUGGAGCUUAACUAUACAAUAUCAAAGUGAAGAGCCCUGAAAUCACUGCUGCAGUGCUGUUUAUCUUGAAUAUCUUGUAUAUGGAGCACUAGGUAUUAUCAGCUGAGUAUACUGUUUGGUGAUUUUAAGAGUUCAGGUAACACCACUCUAAACAUCUGAACUUCUUUUCAGUGAAGUUAAAGCUAACAGUGUGUAUGAUGUAUUUGCCAUAUGUCAGUGGUAGCUUCUGUGUUACAUGCAGUCACUAUUGUUCUGAAUUGUAUAUGUUUAACCAAUGAUGGGGUUAAAAUGCUCUAUAGUAUGUGAAAUGUAUUGAUUACAAGUAUGUAGGAGUUCAGUGAUCUAUUUAGUUUUUACUGUGCUGCUGUUUUGUAGGUAUGUGUGUGUAUGGGAGUAUGGUUGUCUACAAUGUACAAUGAAACAAUAAUUAAUCCUAAAGGAAAUGGGCAGUUAUGUAACCUGCCUUAAUGCAUUGGCAUAAUAUUGUUUAAAUCCAAUAAUUAUCAUGCCUGAUCACAAGCAUUGCCAAGGAUUGCCCAUAGGUCUGACUUUCUCACUUUUUGGCACUAAGGAGUUAAACUUGAAGUUACUUGGAGCUCACAUCUUGAUAAAUAAAGAAUAGAAUGUUUGCCUGAUCAACUGUCUUGAACAUACAAGUUGGCAAAGACAUGGUUUCCAGACUGAUGCAUAUCAAAUCACUUCUGUGCACACACAGUUCCAGCUGAUGCCUGUGGCAGUUGUGAUCAUGCAGGCAAAUGUGCUAAACUUCAUAUUCUGUGAUACAAUCAUGAUAGGAGAGCGCUGGUACCCUGGCUUUGGGGACGUACCUGGAUGCUAUGCAACACUUCUUUUGUCCUGUGCUGGAACAUAGCUGUAAAUUCACAGGAAGAGUUUUGAUCUCUGUUAGUGUCUACAUUGGACUGUAAAAAUCCUUAAUUAUAAAUUUCAGAGGCUAAUCAGCCUAGGCUGGCUUGCACACAUACAGCAUUCUGCUUUCAGAACCAUGGCAGCUUUGAUUAAUAAAAAAGAUAUCAUAAUUUCCCAGUGGCUGGCAAGACCUAGUGUUCUGCUUAGGAAACUCUACAUUCCCCACAUGUAAGACCCCUCCACAAUUUCCACAGCCGGGUCUAGAUCUCCCUUCAUGGUUUCUGUCUGAGAUUAUUUCAGAUAAUAUCUUUCAGAUAUGUCUUUCAGAUAACACAGAUGAUUAAAAGGGUCUAUCUUGUGUCUGGCUGUUUGGACAGAGUAGGCAGAGCAUGCCUAGCCUACCUGGCUUCACACCCUCUUCUAUUAUCUUUGUGUAGUUAAAAUACAACACCUUCCCACUCUUCUCCUUUGCCUCCAGUCAGUGCUCCUUAUCUCAACAACUGUGUACACAUUCCUUUAACUGCCAGCUGUGAGCAACACUGCUCAAAGUAUUAUAGGUUUGCUGUCCUCAGUAAAGUAGGUCCUUAAACCACAGGUCCUUAAAAGGUGUUAAGUACAGGGCUAAAAGAUGGAGUGCCCCAUACCUGGUGUCCCAGGAUGGUUUAUACCCACAAUCUCAAGUUAUGUACCCAUUGUCCUCUUAGGCUAUGAGAAUUCAGUUAUAAACUUUCUCCCUCCAAAUUAAAAGCAGAUUGGAUGAUAUCCCAGUGAGUAUGUCCUAAAAUGGAGAUACAUUUAAGCUUUUUUUCUGCAGUGAGAUGACACAUACUAGUCUCUCCUUUCAGCGCCGGGUCCUUACAAAGCCAAUUUGAUCAGGAGAGACUCCUUGGGUAGCUGAAGUCAGUUUUGUUGUGAAGCUGGGAUCUUUAAAGCAGAAUCUUGGCUUAUUAAAUAUAUGUUAAAUCUAAAAAUACAUGAUUAAAAAUAUAAUUCAAAAAAGAAAAUGAAGAAAUCCCCGGGGCUUGUCAGGACAGUUGUUAAGUUUUUGGGUGCCUCAGUCAUGAGUAGCUUCAGGGUCAUGUAGAUGAUUAAGAUGUUAUUGCCACACUGCCUCCUGACACAAUUCAGUGUCUAUGUACAGAAGUCUUCUUAUUUCCUGUGAGCAUUAAUGCAUUUGAAUGACUUUUCUCUGUUGUGGUGGGAAGAAUGAUUAUAUAACACUGAUUACGGAGCUCCUUGUGUGUUGUGCCCACAAAGGUUCACAGAGCUGCACCUUCUCUUUUUUAGGAUUCAGUGGUACUUUAAUAAAUGUUGUGUAAAAAAUGGCUACAGUUCUGUAUAGCAAAUGUGAAUUUUUUUGGCAAGAAUGUGUAUUUGGUGUAGAAAAAGAGUAAUAUAAAAUCCAGUUUCUUUGUGAAGUUUCUCCAGUGAAAUAUCUAAUAAAGGUCUGGUAUCUGUG